AUGGUCACGCCGGGGCCCGGCAGGAUCCAGGGCCUCACGUGCCUCUCCGCGGCCCACGUUCUCGUCAACGCCGCCGACCUCCCGCGCGCCAGCGGCGGCGGCCGCGCCCGGCGGCGCGCGGCGCUGCGGGAUGCGGGACUUGACCCGCUGCGGUUCCGGCUCGGCUUCUGCGAGCAGGACGAGCUUCCUCAGCUUCUGGCCUUCGCGCGCUUCUGGCACGCCGAGGGCGACGAGGCGGCCAUGCGCGAGGCGUGCGGACUUCGCGGUCCCCUGUUCAGGCGCGGCGCGGCCGACGAGGAGGAGGGCCGCUGGCAGCUCCGCGAGCCCUGCGCGCUCCUGCCGCCCGAGCGGGAGCGGGCCGCGCUGGACUGGGCGGGCGCGGCCGUGGAGCGGCAGCGCGGGCGGCUCGCCGGCGGCGCGCCCGAGGAGGACGAGCGCCUGCUGGCCCAGACGGCCGGCGCCGGGACCCUCGGGCCCGCGGGCCGCGACGCGGUGCGGGUGAGGCUGGACGAGAAGCGCGUGCUCUCGGAUGCCCUGGCGAGGCUGCGCCCCACGGCGCGCCCGCCCGGCCCGCCCGCGGCGGCGGAGCGCGGCGCGCGCGGCGGCGGCCCGGCGCCCGCCAGGCGCGCCGGCAAGGGCCGCGCGCGCCCCGCCGCGCUGUGCGAGGCGGUGCGCGUGCGAAAUUGGCGGGGCGUUUACGCGAGGUUUGGCCACAAGGCCAACCUGCGCAGGGCGUUCCAGGAGAGCCGGGCGAUCUGUGCCGCCUCGUCCGAUGAGGGGGGGGACGCAGAGCUGGGCCAGCGCCGCAAGCUCGCCCUGCCGGUCGGAGCGGCGGCUCUGGUUCUGGCACUGGUGGCAGCGGCGGCAGUCUAUUCGACGUCGGAGGACGGCAGCGGCCUCGGCCAGCGGCAGCGCGUGGGGUCGCUCAAGACCGUCGGGGCCGACGCCCAGGCGAUCGCCCUGCAGGAGCUGGACGGGGCAGACGAGUGGAACACGAGUGGUGACGGAACAGGUGGCAUGGUCGGAACGGACGACCAGCCCGACUCGAAGUGCGGGAACAGCGUCUGCUACAGGGGCGCCACCUGCUGCCCCAACACCUCGGGCGGGUUAUGCGGCUCGCCGGGGUCCGUCUGCUGCGGCAGCUCCAUCUGCUCCCCGGGGUCGACCUGCUGUGGCAAGAACGUGUGCGCCGCGCCCGGAUCCACCUGCUGUGGCGACACUGGUGUCUGCUCGCCCGGUUCUACCUGCUGCCCCAGCGGCAUCAACGGCUCGAGCAUGUGUUGCUCGGACGGCUUUCAGUGCUGCCCCCCAGAGAGUGGCCUGUCCGGGUGCUGCCCGAUAGCAGCGAGCCUCAACAACGUGACGUCGUGCGGCGCCAUGAAGUGCGCGGGCGGCUCGAUCUGCUGCAAGGACCGGCUCUGCGGCACGCUCGCGACGCUCAAGGAUCCCAGCGCGGGCAGCUCAAUGUGGCCGAGGAGGGCGAGCCAGGAAGGCGCGGCGGGCACGCUCAAGGUGACCAAGGUGGCCGAGCGAGUCGGGAAUGACGAGGCCUUCGCGCAGCUGGCGGCGGCGGCGCGCAUGUGCGACGCGCCCUCCCGGGGCGACCUGGAGGAUGUGAAGGCCAUGCUGGAGCUGGGUCUGGACAUCGACGCGGCGGACACCGGCGGUCGCACCGCCCUGCACUACGCGGGCUUCGGCCCGGCCGACGUAGUGGAUUCCGACGGCAUCGCGCCGCUGGAGUUCGCUACGAUCCGAGGCAGCCCCGAAGAAACGAUCAGUUUGCUGAUGAAAGCGGGCGCGGACAUGAGGCAAAUUUCGAGGUCGCGCCUCGCAGAGCACCUGAGCUCGGACGGUUGCCUGAUCUCCAAGGAAGAGGUGGAGAUCGGGGAGGUGCUCUCCGAAACGCUGAAGAGCUGCGUCUACCGCGCCGUCUGGAGAGGCACCGACGUGGUUGCCAAAUCCGUCUUGGAGUCCGCGCAUGGCGAGGAUAGUGAUCGUCUGACCCAGGACAUCCACAAUCCCGACUUGAUGAUGUUUCUGGGGGCAGUGGUGAGCGAUACGCCUAUUAUGCUCAUCACCGAAAACAUGGAAGGAGGGGACCUGGAGUCCUACUACAUGGGCAUGCGUAAGGAACACCAGACUCCGAACUGGCACGCCGCGAUCGGGCAGCAGAUCAAACGGUGCAGCGCUGUUGCGCGAGGCCUCUGCUUCCUGCACAGCUGCAAGACGCCGAUCAUCCACAGGGACCUCAAGCCCCUGAACCUCCUCUUGAGCAAGCUGCUCGAGAUCACAAUCAAUGAUUUCGGCAUCAGCAAGAUGAUUGCACCAGUGGGAUGCAAGGUCAAGAGGGCCCACACGAUGGGCGUGGGCAGCCACCACUACAUGGCCCCUGAGGUCGUGCGCAGUGGUCAGUACGACCUGAAGGCCGACAUCUACUCGUUUGCGCUCAUCAUGUACUUCAUCAGUUCGGGGCGCGAUCCUUUCUGGGAGCGCAAUAAGAACCCCACGCUGAUCCUGGAAGAGUACGGAAAGAACAAGCAGCCGAGGCCACAGGUGGCCGACGCGCACCCGUUCCUUGGCCCCGUCAUGAGGGACGCUUGGGCCGAGGAGCCCGGAGAUCGUCCAGACGCUCGCGAGCUCAUCCAGCGGCUCGCCGCGGUGCCCAGGGACCAGGGCUGCGGAUGCGGCACCAUGUGA